AAGACAGCGCCUUGGUCAGUCAGAUAACCAGCUACAUUCCGCAUCUGGAACCGGCUAUGUCACGUCGUUAGUAUUAAAACGGCAAGCUAUCAGUCGGCUAACCUCUGGGGUGUGGUUAUUGGAGAGCAUAACCGAUCCUUGAAAUUCUUCGCAGAGCUGGCCUUAGUAGUGCUUUCGCCAUCCGACCUAAUUCGCGGUGUCUAGUCUGCCCUAGUUUUCGCACUGCGUUUCCCGUGGACGCCUCAAUUUCAGCUUUCAAAAUGGCUAAUAGAGGACCCAGCUAUGGUUUGACUAGAGAAGUUGAGCAAAAAAUUGAGCAGAAGUAUGAUCCAGACUUGGAAGAACGAUUAGUGGAUUGGAUCAUUGCACAAUGUGGUGGGAAUAUAAGUCGUCCAGAUCCUGGAAAAGCCCACUUUCAGAAGUGGCUACUGAAUGGUGUGUUAUUGUGCAGGCUUAUAAAUGGACUUUAUCCAAAAGGCCAGGAGCCAAUUAAAAAAAUCCAGGAAUCCAAAAUGGCCUUCAGACAGAUGGAACUAAUUUCUCAGUUUCUCAAGGCUGCUGACGAUUAUGGUGUUGCAGCAAUGGAUAUCUUCCAGACUGUAGAUCUGUGGGAAGGAAAGGAUUUGGCUGCAGUUCAAAGAACCCUAAUGGCUUUGGGUAGUGUAGCAGUAACCAAAGAUGAUGGAUAUUAUCAAGGAGAUCCCAACUGGUUCCAUAGGAAAGCUCAGGGCAACAAGCGUGAAUUUUCUGAAGAACAGCUUCGAGAAGGGCAAAGUGUCAUUGGCCUACAGAUGGGAAGUAAUAAAGGAGCCUCUCAGUCUGGCAUGACUGGCUACGGCAUGCAUCGACAGAUCAUGUAGCACCAUCCUUUGGCAAGAAACAAUAAACCAGUGGACUGGAGACUCUUAUCUUAAACUACCAUAUUCUGAAUUGCUGUUGAAGUAGGCUGCUUCCUUUAACUUGCAGUUUAUGGAUUUUUAUUGCAACUAGUGGCUAUGCUGCACCACCAUAUUAAGAAAUAUAAAGUUUUUACAUUUGCAAAAUGUCAGUUGCCAUUAUCUCUUCUUCCCCACCCCCUCCCAAAAAAACCUGAUAAUUGACGAUUUAAUUUCAGGUAACUUGUAUUCCAGAAAAGUUGGAAAUGAGGAUUUUUGGAACUAGUUUAUGCUUUGUGCCAUGUCUUGCCUGCAAAAAUUUCUUGAAUUUGUAAUACUUCUAAAUGCCUUUGGUUUUGCAUUAAUGGAAUGUGAUUUAAUCAGCCACAAUAUUAGAUUACAAAUAAACGUUACAGGUUUCGUGUAGAUAUAA